AUGCCGUCAAACACCAAGCACAUCACGGCCCGAGUUUCAAUCGACAAAUCCAUCCCCGUCGGCGAUCUUGCGGCUCCCUUGCGACGUGAAUUCGAAGACUCAUCAAUGAAGCAGUGCCACAACACAAGGUAA